CACUCUGAGUAAAGAAAACACAUUUUGGGCGAAUUUGUUGUGGUCCGCGCAAUUUUUGUGAAUUUCUCGCUAAAAAAAGCACAAAAGACAACAUGAUUAUCCCGAUCCGUUGCUUCACCUGCGGCAAAGUCAUUGGCAACAAGUGGGAGUCUUACCUGGGCCUGCUGCAGGCGGAAUACACUGAGGGAGAUGCCCUGGACGCUCUGGGCCUGAAGCGCUACUGCUGUCGCCGCAUGCUGCUCGGACACGUGGAUCUCAUCGAGAAACUGCUGAACUACGCGCCCCUCGAGAAGUGAAUAGCCAAAUGGGAGAAAGGACGCAGGGGACUUGGGAUUAAAACCUAGAUUUUAUUGUAAAAUUACAAAUUAAAGCUUGAUCAUAACCA